AUGCCAAGAGAUCUUGUUGUAGACCCAUUUUGCUUUCGGCAAUUUGCGGAAUCACAAGCUAGCAAUGAUUACGUGGGUACCAUAUUCAAGCAAUCUAUUCAAGAAUUUGAGGGCAUUGUGAACCAAUAUUACAAAGCCGAGGAUCUAAAAGAUGGAUACGCGCCUUUUUGCAAGCAUCUCUUUGUUGAGAACACCUUCUCUGACGCUCGUGUGAACGUGCUUCCAGUCAGCUCGGAAAAUGAGCAUUUGGUCCGAACUCAAUACCAAGCACGCAGUGAAAAAGAAUUGCCAGUCUUACAAAGAUUCAUUCCGCUGGAGCUAAUUGGCGGACAAGACAAGCUACCAGUUGCGAAGUAUCUCGAUCUAAUUCUGUACUCACGGGAGCAAAUUCGCAAGGAAAAUGAGAGUAUGGGAAAGGAUGCGGGUGACGAGACAGCUCCUUGGGGAAUUGUAAGCAUCAAGGCACAAGAUGUCGACUAUGAGCUUCCAAUGAAUCCUAUCACUGUUAUGAGGAAUUCGCUUGGGAAGGAACAUGGUGGAUCUGGAGUUCCGCUGGACCGUGAUGCUUACAUGGAAAGUGUCAACUACUGGAAGGACAACGUAGUCAUCUCGUAG